AUGGCGGCUGUGGAUAUCCAAGAUAACCUGCUGGGAAUCUCAUGGGUUGACAGUGCCUGGAUCCCCAUUUUGAACAGUAGUAGUGUCCUGGAUUACUUUUCAGAAAGAAGCAACCCUUUCUAUGACAGGACAUGCAACAAUGAAGUAGUAAAAAUGCAGAGACUAACAUUAGAACACUUGAAUCAGAUGAUUGAAGUGGAAUACAUCCUUCUCCAUGCUCGAGAACCAAUUCUUUUUAUUAUUCGUAAGCAGCAACGGCAGUCACCUAGUCAAGUUAUCCCUCUAGCUGAUUAUUACAUCAUUGCUGGAGUGAUUUAUCAGGCACCAGACUUGGGCUCAGUUAUAAAUUCCAGAGUGCUUACUGCAGUGCAUGGCAUUCAGUCAGCUUUUGAUGAAGCUAUGUCAUACUGUCGAUAUCAUCCCACCAUCCAUUUCUUGUGGCGUCUGGCAAAGGUCCUGACUUCCUUCUCUCUGAGCUGA